GCUACAGAGCCCCCGGCGGCGGCGCUCCGUUCGACCAACGCCAGGGGCCCCUCUUGGGUCCGGCCCGGCGCGGCCCUGUCGCCGGGGAGCAGGACACCGAGAGACGGACGGAAGGGGGGAGUGACGUCCUUCUGCGCCUCACCUCCGCCUUCGUCGCCGCGCCUCACAGUUUUAUAUGUAAUACAAAUAAAAAUGAGGCUGAGAACACGGAAAACUUCUCAGCAGUCAAAUCAAAAUCACACACAGCGUGCUUUGAGGGUAAAGAGGAAAUAUUCAGAGGUGGAAGAGAGCUUACCUGUUGGCGGAGGAAAGCCUCAGAAGAAUGAAACUGGCUUGUUGUCUUCAAUAAAAAAGUUCAUUAAAGGUAGUACCGCAAAGGAUGAAAAAGAACAUCCUGCAAAGAGAAGUAGAAUUGAACAUGAUAUAGAUGACAACUUGAUUACAUCUACUCCUCGAACUGGAGAAAAGCCUAACAAACCACUCUCUCGAAUUAGGAGAAAAAGUCAAGUGAAUGGAGAAGCUGGAAAUUAUGAAGUGACGAACCAGCAUGUUCGGCAAAAUGGAAAAUUGGAUGAUAAUCCUAAUACUGGUAGCCCUCCACGGACUACAUUACUGGGGACUAUAUUUUCUCCAGUCUUCAAUUUUUUCUCACCAGCAAAUAAAAAUGGCACAGCUGGCUCAGACUCUCCAGGGCAAGCUCUUGAAGCUGAAGAAAUAGUGAAACAGCUUGAUAUGGAACAGGUGGAUGAAAUCAUCACCAGCACUGCAGCAUCAGCCAAUGGAGCUUCUUACACUACCCAAGCAGUACAAGUCAAAUCAACAAUCAACAAUGGGUUGGAAGAAGUAGAUGUUACUGAUCGUGAUCUGCCACCUCUCACUGCACCAGUAUCUCCAGACAGUGGUUACUCAUCAGCUCAUGCAGAAGCCACUUAUGAAGAAGACUGGGAAGUCUUUGAUCCGUAUUACUUCAUCAAACAUGUUCCACCACUAACAGAAGAACAACUUAACCGGAAGCCUGCUCUUCCACUCAAAACAAGAAGCACACCAGAAUUUUCUUUAGUUCUAGAUUUGGAUGAAACUUUGGUCCACUGUAGUCUAAAUGAACUGGAAGAUGCUGCACUCACAUUUCCAGUCCUUUUCCAAGAUGUCAUUUACCAGGUCUAUGUGCGAUUAAGACCAUUCUUCAGAGAAUUUUUGGAACGUAUGUCACAAAUCUAUGAGAUCAUUCUUUUUACUGCUUCUAAGAAGGUGUAUGCAGAUAAGUUGCUGAACAUACUAGAUCCAAAAAAGCAACUGGUCAGGCAUCGACUUUUCCGUGAGCAUUGUGUUUGUGUACAAGGGAACUACAUAAAGGAUUUAAAUAUCCUUGGUAGAGAUCUCUCAAAAACAAUCAUUAUUGACAACUCACCACAAGCCUUUGCCUAUCAGCUUUCAAAUGGAAUUCCCAUAGAGAGCUGGUUCAUGGAUAAAAAUGACAAUGAACUCUUAAAAUUGAUUCCUUUUCUGGAGAAACUUGUGGAGCUGAAUGAAGAUGUUCGACCUCACAUCAGAGACAGAUUUCGCUUGCACGACUUACUACCCCCAGAUUAAACACAAAAUCUAUGUCAGAUAGCUCAAGAGGAAGAAAAUGCAGGACCUUUUUGUUUGUUUGUUUUGGACUAAAACAAAAACAUUGCCAUUACUGUUGAAAUUUUGCAUUUUUGUACGUUGUCUCGCUUUUCUUAUAUCUGGUACCCAACAAUAAUAAAGGGUUACAGAAGAACUUUGUAUAUCGCCAAAUGGAAUACAUACAAUACAGUAGGUAGGCUAGAACAGAAGCGUCUUUAGAACUAGUGCAACUCCCUUUUUUUUAAUGUACAGGACAUAUGCCUGUUUUUAAAGAAUUCUGUUUCUGCCACCAGCAGUUUGACCUAUAAAACACAGGAUUUAUGAAAUAACAGAGAUUGAAAAUGGACUCUUGUUUUCUCUCUGUUUGGUGCUCUUUAAGUGGGCUUUUAGCCACUUUGUGUUACUUUCAAGAGUCUCAUUUCAACAGGAAUGGCCAGUAAAUGUUUUUUUUCCUGUUAAGGUUUAUAACCUUUUUACAUUUUUGAACUGUAUUAGAUUUUAGAAUUUCAUUAUGCAUUCCUUUUAGUUGAGGCGGCUUCAUAGUUUUCUGGGAAUAGCCAAAUGUUAUUAGUUUUUUUUUAAUUAUAUGAUUGAAUGGCCAUUUUCCCGCUUUGUCUGCCUGCAUACUGUAUAUUUGUUUAAAAAUAUUACCUAGUUUUAUUCCAUGUAAGUUUCAGUUAGAUAUCUUUGUUUAUAAAUAUAUAUAUUUUUUGUUUCUGUAAUAUUCUACUGUAGUGGAUUUUUUUUUCCAAAAAUAUCAAGAGACUGGCUAGAUGAGAAGAAAUUUAAGAAUUACUAAUAUACAGAAUAUUUAAACCAUUGUGAUGGCAUGAUCCCCUAUGGUGGUACACAUCCAUGGCUCAUGGACAAGGAUCAGUACCUUGGAAUCUUCUGUGCAUACAGGUCCUUGAGGAAAGUUUGCUUGGUCUAAUGCAAUGCAGUUACUUCUACCUUCAGUGUCCUCCAAGAAUGAAGUAUUGUGGAGAACAGCUCAGUAUUUGAAACUAUUUUCUACAGGUUGGUUUAUCUGCUACACAGUCUACUGCAAUCACUUCUAAAGUUUUAUGUGUAGCAGUGAGAGUACCACCCCAGUAACUAUGCAUAACCCAAUGGUCCAGUACACUCCUUUGCCGCCAGUGCAGCUGAUAUGCUAUCAUAGUGGUUUUCUAUGCUAUAUGGAAAUGGUUUUCAAGCCUUGGUUAUCUAAUGCAGCAUGUACAAGAGGCUGAUAUUUUUUUAAUGGAGUGUAAUCUCCUUUUUAGGAGGCUUUUUAUGGAAGGGAAAAAUUUGUAAAAGUUAGUAAGCUUUGCCUCUAAACUGCAUUAAUAUGCCACAGGCUCGGGCUGUUUUUGUGUAAAGGAUGUUGCAGAAUGGCACUUUUUCUAAAGAGAAGUUUGAUAUUUUGUAUGCUUGUUAAAGAAAGUACAGUAUUGGAAAUUAAAGGUGGACAACUGAUAAUUGAGAAGUAUGUCAAUUAAUUUUUUAUGUAUAUUACCUGUUUACUUGUACAAUUUUAUUGUACAAAUUACACACAGCUUCAUUUUCAAAUGAGUCCUUAAAAUAAGGAAAAUCUUUUUAGGAAAACAUUUAAUUUUUGUAUUUUUUGAUUUUAAAAGGCAUGAGUUAUGUCAAUUUUUUCCAAUGUAUUAAUGAAGAUUUUAACUUUUCAUCAGGUUGAGUGUUUUCUUACUAUAUUCUCUGUUGUAUAUGUAGCUAGCACAUUGUGUCACAGAAUUGUUUAAAAAGGUUAGCAUGUAGAGCAAGCCUGCUUCUUUGUGGAGAAUCAUUCAUUUGAAACAAAAUUAUGGUGAAUUUCUGCACCUACAAAUAAGGAAAGCAAUUGCUAUUCAGAAUGUUGACUUCUUUGUAUUUAAAGAAAGGUGUUUGUUUGCAGGAAAACGCUUACAGGUUCAUUUCAAUGAAAACUCUUUGAAUGUGUUUAUCUUUUAAGGCAUCUUGGCAUCUUUAUACCAGUCAUCUUUGACGUCUUUAUUAAAAUAAAAUGUACAUAAUGUGACAGUUUGUGUGUGUGUGUGUAUACAUACAUAUAUAUGUGCAUGUAUGUGUGUAUAUACAUACAUAAGUGUGUGUGAGUGAGUGAGUGAGAGAGAUUGCAUAGAAGUGAUCCCUGUAACUCCCUUCCUAUUUUGCUAAUAACUGGUAUAUAGAUACAAUUGAUUUUGAAAUUCUGAGUUUGAAAUUAUGCCUUUGAAAAAAGAGCUCCAAGUUACCAUUAUUGAGAGCAAUAGGUCCCUGUUCUUGACUACCUGUUGUUAAAUGGCACAAGUUUUGAAACACAUUGCAUGCAAGAGACAUGUUCCACCCAAGCAUCUCCAAGUCUGCAAUAGACAGUUAGCAAGAUUGUUUACAUUACAUGUGUGAUUUCUGGUUUACACUGUGUAAUGCCAGCAAGAUUCUGACCAAGUGUCAUUUAUUAUUUCUUUCAAAAAGAUAAAUAGUCAAGAAUACUUCUUUAUUCCUAAUUAAAUCAUCAUCUUAGACCUGCAGAGCUGGAAGGGACCCUAUGGAUCACCAAGACCAGCCCUUAUCAAGGAGGCACAAUGGGGAGUCAAGCUCCCAACCUCUGGCUCCACAGCCAGAUACCUAAACCACUGAGUAAUCCAGCAUAAUAACUCACAGCAUACAUUGUGAGUAGAAAAGCUAAUAUUAUAGGCUAUGUAGAUCCACCACCUUGCGCUGAGUUUCUUCAGCUUGGAAAUAAUUAUGUAGAACUAGCAAAUAACAGAUGGGAUCCAUGAUACAUAGUCCUUUCAAAGAAGAAAAUAUGCCUCACCCAAUGAACGUGAGAUGGUAAUUUGUUAUGCUGUUUUAAGAGAUCAUUUUGUGACCCCUCAAAAAAUAAACCCAAUUUAGUAUACCCUAAAUAAAAUUGAUGAACAUUUUUCUGUGACUUGAAGAAAAACUGUACAGCAUCUUUUUAGAGUACCUUUUAAAACCAUUCAUGUAUUUUCAUAGAAAAUCAUUACAAAGUUGAUACAAUGCAUAUUACAAACGUAUUUGUUUGAAGGAAAAACAAGAAUGUGACCUUUUAUGUUCUUGGAUUCUGGAUUACUCCUGGAUUAUUAGAAAUGUGUGGAAAGUUACAGAAAUACCUAGGACAACCAAAUCAACCCUUGCAGGCUGCUCUGUAAAUACAUAUUAAAGUAUCAUUUUGUAA